AUGAGUAAAUCAUCUAAAUUAUCUAUUUCUCCUCUAAAGAGUUAAUAGUCCUUGUUUCCAACUAUUUCAUUUAAAACUUCUGAGUCUCCUUCAAAAGAUUUGAUUCCCCCUACUAAUUAUAUGUUAUUUUAAUAAAAAUAGGAUAAAAUAGCUACUAAUCAAAUGAAAAAUAGUAAAUAGCUAAAUUAAGAAAGAGCAGAAACUAUCUAUAAAUAUCUUCGUUAAUUAGUACUAGCAAAGAUAGAUUAUAACAAAGAAAAAUCUAAUAUAUAAUACUAGGAUCCAAUAACUGAUUCUAAGGAUACAAUUAAACAUUUUUAGGAAUCUAAUUCAUCCUUUCAUUACUUAAAGAAAAUUGAUAAUAAAUUAAGCAAAUAAAGUAUUUAAGUUAUCAUAUAUAUAAUUAGAGUUUAAAAGAAGUAGUAAAUCAUGUAUAGAUCUUACUGCUUAAGAUAAUUUAUGUAAUUAGAUCCAAAAUAAUUGCAUAAUUGAAUAAGACUAGGAAUAAGAAGAUUGUGAACACAAUUUUUCUCAUAUUAUUAAGAAUUAAUUAAAUAUCUCACCAAAUUUAUAUAAUAAUUUCAAACAUAAUAAAAUUUACAAGUUAUCACCACAAAAUUAAUCAAAUGUAUUUUAUUAAAGUAAUUUAGGUUGUCUUAGACUUUAAUUAAUAGAAUAAAGAAUAUCGAGAAAAAAACUAUUAAAUUAUUCAUAUGAUUAAAAAUGUUUAGUAAGAUCUUUUAAGACAAAGAGAUGAAGAUAGAUAAAAAUUGGAAAAAGAUUAUAAAUUAUAAAAAAUUUUAAGGUAAAAGGAAAGAAAAGAAGGAUUAUACAAUGCAUAAGUAGGUUUGAAAGAUAGAAAAUUUAAAUUAUUGUUAAAUGCUUUAAAAGGGUCUUAAAAUAAAUAAGUUUAAGAUCAUUUAGUAUUAAAUAUUAAAAGAAAAAAUAAUAAUAUAGGGAAUUAAUCUUCUAUAAUAAGUAGAUAAAGUUCCUUUUAAUAAUAUAACCUAAAUUAUAUUACUGAUAAUGAAAAGUUGAUUAGAAAAAUUUCUUAAAUAUCUGAUGUUUGUAGUUCUGAAACAUCAUUAGACUCAAAAUGUUAGAUAUGUAAUAAAUAUAAAUUAAUUGUAGAAUUUACCAAAAAAAUAAACUAUAAGCCUACUUGA